GAAAGUGAGCGCGCGAGGUGGGCGUGGACAAGGAGGCAGCGUUUCCUGCCAGAGAGGACACGUGGUUCCGUGUCUGUGUGUCAAUGUGAGGUUCUGGGUUCUGCAUUAAUUUUUCCAGCCAUUUGUUUCUACGCUACGAUCCACUUUUAGUCCCGUGAAUAAGACCUAAUUACGACACGAGGAAGAUCGGACGUACCGUGUCUCCCGAGUGACAACAGCGGUGUUGAUCUCAGGCGCCAUGACGCUGGAAGCGAUCCGGUACCGACCCGGGUCCCUGCAAAUUCUUAAUCAGCUGCUUCUCCCGCAUGAGAGUGUAUUCGACGAAAUCCGCUCGGUCCAGGACGGCUUUGAGGCGAUCAAGUCAAUGAAGGUGCGAGGCGCCCCCGCCAUCGCCAUCGUGGGGUGCCUGAGCCUGGCCGUGGAGCUCCAGGCCGGGGGCGGGGGGGACGACCUGGUCUCCUUCAUCCAGGACUCCCUCAGUCACCUGACCUCCGCCCGGCCCACCGCCGUCAACAUGGGCCGAGCCGCCAGGGAGCUGAUGGAGUUCACGGAAAACGAGAGCAUGGACAAGGGUCCUGAGCAACUGAGAGAGAGCGUGAUUGGCUGGAUCGAGGAGAUGCUGGAGAGGGACGUCAACGACAACAGGAAGAUCGGCAACUACGGGGCGCAGCACAUCCUGUCCGGGGUCCCGCGGGACUCGGUGACCAUCCUGACGCACUGCAACACGGGGUCCCUGGCCACGGCGGGAUACGGCACGGCCCUGGGCGUGGUGCGUUCCCUGCAUGCACUGGGUCGACUGAAGCGGGUUUACUGCACCGAGACCCGGCCCUACAACCAGGGCGCCCGGCUGACGGCCUACGAGGCGGUGGCAGAGGGCUUCCCUGCCACCCUGAUCACCGACAGCAUGGCAGCCCUCGCCAUGCGGGAGCGGGGCAUCACAGCGGUCGUGGUCGGUGCAGACAGGGUCGUUGCCAACGGAGACACUGCCAACAAAGUGGGCACCUACCAGCUGGCCAUUGCCGCAAAGCACCAUGGGAUACCCUUCUACGUGGCGGCCCCCAGCACAUCCUGCGACCUGAGCCUGGAAAGCGGGAGGGAUAUCGUGAUUGAGGAGCGCCCCCCGGAGGAGCUGACCAGCAUCAGCGGCGUUCCCAUCGCCGCCCCAGGCAUCGAUGUGUGGAACCCAGCGUUUGAUGUCACUCCCCACCAGCUCAUCACAGGGGGGAUCAUCACCGAGCUGGGCGUCUUCCUGCCGUCUGAGCUGCAGGCCGCGCUGACGGGGCGCCUCACUGCACUUUAGAGACCCCUGGUGGCAGCCAUGUGCAACUGCACGCCAAUCCUUCACUCACACUUCUUGCUGCAUUCACUUGCGCAGUGGAACCCAUGCGUGCACACGCACACACACACACACACACACACACACACGUGUUACCACUGAAUACACACAGCCAGAUGGGCACCAUAGUCCUCACACACAUACAUGCGCGCACACACACAUCGUAUCCUUCCCUCCUUCUUUCACUCCUCUCUGUCUCCUCUCUCUCGUCUGUCUUCUCCUUUCUCUCCCUUGUCAGACCGCUUGAAUCCCUGUCUUUGUGCAGAUUGCUUCCCUCACUGUUUCCCUCCAGCUUCAUUCUACUGUUUCUCUCUCCCCGGCUUAAGAGAUAAUAAACCACAGUCAGCUCCAACCCCAGUGGAAGAACCAUACAUAGCAGUCAUACUGACCUAACAGAGGAAAUGCACAAGUGUUCGUAAUGUCAAGUGAAGAUAAAUUUGUACAAGGUGUACAAGUGCGCCGGACUAGAUGGCAGCUCGCAGAAAGGGACAGUUUGCCGCUGAGUCCUGCUGCAAGAUUCCUGGUAAAUGAACAGGGUAUCUUUGAGUGACGUUUGACGUUUUGUCAGCACAGCUCAAGGCAGAUUUUAGGGCAGAAUUUGGAGUUGUGCCUUCCCAGUGAACAUUUUUGUGGCGAGAAGUGGGUGAAAUGGCAUCUAGGCGUUCAGGUGAAAAAGCUGGCUAGCGGAAAAGCGGAGGUUUUCUAGCCGACUGGGACGUAGCCAGGCUACAUCCCUGUAAAGCCUGAGCUGUAUCGAGGUUACUCCAGUCUGUUUGUGUCAAAACGUCUCUCCACCUAGAUUUCCACUCCUCCAGAUGUCUAGUUUCUGCCUUUUUGCUCACUGGGUUGAGUUGAAGUUUGUCUCCUAAAAGUUAAAGUGAACUCGACCUUGGCUGUGUUAACUCUGCCACCACGACAGGCCAACAACUGCUCUGUUCAUGGAGGAUGCACUCCUAGUCCGUCAGCAGAACCUGUUCCUUCCUCUGAACAGGAUGUCGAUGAUACAUGUAUUUCCUUUGUUAGUCAGUACAUUUUGUGAUGAAAAAUCAGUAACCAUAUUGAGACAUCUUACAGGUUUAUGUAAAUUGUAUUAAAAACAUAUUCAAACAUAAAUAUUAGAUUUAUAGAUGUGGGAAUGUCUUAUAUCAAAAACCAAGAGACGUGUGUGAAAUAUUUAAUAUUCAUGAGCUGGUUUGUCAUUACUCAUGGUAGUUCUUCCAUGAGGGUAAAUGAUUUUUCUUCAUUUAGUAUAAAGUAUGCCAGACGUGCUGCAGUACGGUUUCAGCCCAUAUGUAAAUAUAUAAUGUUCAAUUCUAGUGUAAAGAAUGUGCAAUAGUCUACAAGCUAACAAUAAUGCCAAACAAAAUACUAAUCAAUAUAGUGAAAUGAGUUAUAGAAAUAAUUAUGAAAUUGUACCAAACCAAAAUGUUACAUUAACAUUUGCUUUUACUUUUUGCCUAUUUAGAAACUUUUAUAGAAAUGUUUUUUAAUGAAAAGGUAGAAUUUUUUUUUUUAAACGAAGCCCUAAAACUAGUCAACAGUACCGAAUUCUGAGGCAGGCGAGAGCUUUAAAAAACAAAAAAAAAGAAAACAAACAGGAUUUAAAAGCAGCUCUGACUGAGAACUUGCCCAGUCCCAGGCCAGGUGUAACCGAGGAGGCUGAGCGUUUCAGAGAUGUAGUCUUUCCUGCACGGCGCCACACUUCCUCUGCACGCGGUAAGAAGACCCACGCACUGUACUGAAUGUCAUGGGCUCUGCCCACGGCCAGCGCUACUCACUGCCUUACACUAUCGCUAUGGGAACACAGAGAGACAGUGACAUCACUGCCUUACGUCAGCGCUACGCAAACACGGAGACAGUGACAUCACUGCCUUACACCAUCGCUACACGAACACAGAGAGGACAGAGAGACAGUGACAUCACUGCCUUACACCACUGCUACUAAACACAGGAGAGGACAGACAGAGAGACAGUGACAUCACUGCCUUACACCGCCACCACUACGCAAACACAGUGAGGAGAGGACAGACAGAGAGACAGUGGCAGAUCACAAACAGGCAGAUGAGCUAAACGCGAAAUGGAGGCGGACACCCAGGCCGACUGAAGGACACACAAACAUACCUGCGCACACACACACACACCCUCGCUCAUACACGUGCACUCACUUAUACACUUAUAAGGGGGGGUCACAGGCAAUCAGGUGGACUGAGGACAGACAGACGGACACGGACUGGCUGGUACACAGGUGUGCUCGCUUGCUGCAUUUACUAGAACCAGUGCCAGGUAACAAAAUAUCAGUAGAGAGGGCAGGUUGAGUUUCAGCUGCAGAGUUGACCGAUUAGUACGCUUCCCUCUGCUAACUGCCCCCCCCAGCCCCCCAUGCCCCCCCAGUGCCGGAGCAGUCACAGGGAAUCCCAAUGGCAGAAAGCCAGCCUGCCACUGCUCACACACAACCCCCAGCUCAUUUUUCACAGUCCUUUGUGAUCAGGGUGGCCCACCUCACAUUUUGUUGUUCCGCGUUCCAGAAUCAUUCAGUGUCCUGGAACCGCUCGACAUUCCGGAACCGUUCUAGAAGCAAGCGAUCAUCACAAAAAAAAAAAAAAAAAAAGUUGUGUGUCAGAUCACACGGAGGGAGGGUUCUAAUCAACACUAUCAACGAACACCAUGUCUUCGUUUUUCUUUGAGAAACAAUAAAAAGGGACAGUAUCAUUUGAGAAUAAUGUAGCAACUUUGUCACCGUCUGUGUAAAAUAGUUUGUUUCAUUUAUGGUACAAGAAAUGGUUUGUUUAUUAUCAUGAUGACUAUUCUUUGGCUGUGAUUAUAUUUCUGUGAUUCUUGGUGAUGAGCUGUUGUUGAAUAUCAUGACUGAGAGGCCUCUGUCACAAUACUGAGCAGUUAAAUUUAGACUUUAAGAGGAGCCAAUGUGGUGGGUUUACCUUAAAAUUUUCCUGUCGCAGUUUCCGUUUUGGCUACCUAGGUCUGUCAUAACGAUGGCUGAUUUUUCAGUGUGAUGAAAGUCUCAUUCCAUUAUAGUCGAUAGGACUUGCGCCCUGCUUAUUUGAGCACCGACUUUGACUUGACUUCUGUCACAUAGGUUGGCUUCAUGAGGGUGAAAGUCCAUUUGAACUCAUGGGAUAUCUCUUAUUGUACAUCGCUUUGGAUCUCCCAAAUAAAUGUAAUGUAACCAGUAUACCUGCCCCAGAAUUGCUUGCGUUACUACGCUCAUUGAGGGUAUCAGAUUUGGAUUUUGGUGCCUCCCUUAUUCCCCUAAUGCCUCUGCCUGUUCCCAGGAGCCAGUCUCCAGGUGUUACGUUAUGUGUUCCUUCUCUUUUUAUCCCCCCUAAUUUCCAUACGUUGUUGAGAAUCUUGCCAAUCACAGAAGGCAAAGCCCUUGCUGGUUGCCAUUUUGGCUCUGUGGGUUGUACAGUGUACGAGAGUCCAAGUGCUGGGUUACACUCCUGAUUCCCCUUAAACCAGUGGGUGAUGUGGCUGUCUUGUGAGAAAGGCCUCUCUGUGUAGUUAUUAACCACAACAGGGUUCAGUUUUGUAUUCUGUGGAAAUGGUUAAAACUGGAUGUUUUUUUAAAAUAUAUCAAUAUAUGCUGUAUUUCUGCAUACAUAAAGAAAGAAAUGCCUUUCACGUCAAGUCAAAUAAAGAACUGGGAACAGAAUGCCCUUGUGCUGA